AUUUUUUCCCUGUACAAUUAAGUAAUUUCAAUACCAACAACAUUGGGUAGGUAACCAAACAGGAAGGCCGGUACUGAAAUUCAGUAUGGUGCUGGCUUCACCAUAUGGAUUCUCUCAAGGUAGAGUUAUGUCCUUUAUAAAUGAAUCUAACUUGGCAUUCAACCCAGAACCUCUAAAAUUGCUGGAUGAAAUGUAGUUGGGUAGACCAGAUUGUGGCAGUUACUGUCCUUUUACAUAACUUGUUUUAUCAGCUAUUGUUUCCUAUUGUGUCUGUAUACAGCAGUUUUUAUUAAGACCAACCAAAAUAACACAAAACAGGGUGCAAGCUUCCAAAUUCUCCAGAUCUCUUCAUUGGGCUCCAAAAGGGUUCUGGAGAACUCUGAAGCUUGCAUAUGUUUUGAUUUUAAUUGAUCUUAAUAAAAUAUGUUACCCGCUUUUGAGUUUGAUCUUUGCUUUAGACCUACAGCCUCUGAGGUACUUUUAGUUAUUAAUGGAAAAGGUAGUCUGCACAUGCUCAGAGGCAUUUACUUAGCUACUUUACAGAACUAAGUGCUGACAUUGAAGGGGGGAAAUGUUCCUGGGCAUAAGCUGUGGCAGAACCUUAUUUGUAGCAGCUUCAAAGUUGCUAUGCACACCUAUGACCUAGAACUGGCUGUGACAGUUUAUCUUUCUGUAGUCUACAGAAGACUGGUAGGAAAUUGUUUAAAAAACUCAAAAUUCCAUCUUGGACAAAUACUCACUCCUUGGGAGUAAGUAGAGUUAAUUGUUCUGGCAGAUCAACUGCAAUCAUAAAGAGAGCUAUACACAUCUUUUAAAAUAAAUUGAUAUCAGUGGGCUUAUUCGAGUGUAACUGUCGGAAUAAACCCAGUUGUAAAGGCAGCGCUAACUGCAAAGAACGGAAAGUGCUCCCGACCACGUGAGCAACCACAACCGGCCCUUAUAUCCUCGAUCAGAGAGGUGGGCUUUCAGGCGAGGGACGGUGCUCUUCAGUUCCGGCUUCCCCCCGGGCCCUAUCUGACGGUUAAAGCUGUAGCUGCAGCCGAUGCUCUGGAAGAGGUGCCCGCCCCUCUUUCGCCCAAGCUGGGAGGGGCGGGACGUUCGCUGUCGCCGGCGGGCUCCUUAGUCCCUCGUCGCUAGAGGGCCCGAGUGCAGCUGCUGUUGCAACAUCCGGCUCCCGUUGCCAUAGUGACGGCGUCGGUCCAUUUCGAUGCCGCCAUGGAGGAGCCGAUCACUGUCCUGCUGCCAGGCGAAGCUGAAGUUUUGGUGCGGGAGUUAAAAAACUUCCCCCUGCGGGAUAUCGGAGAUCACGGGUGGCUUCGUCAGCAUGAAUAUAUUCAGAAACUGAACAUGCAAGCCCUACUGAGUGCUUCUGCUGGGCAUGAGCAGUUCCUUAGUGAGCUUUUGGUGAACUAUGCCAAGAUACCAACUCUUGUUGAGGAACUAAUAACUGUGGAAAUCUGGAAGCAGAAGAUCUUUCCUAUAUUAUGCAAGUUGAAGGAUUUCAAACCAAAAAGCACGUUUCCCAUAUACUUGGUGUUGCAUCAUGAAGCUUCAAUUAUUAAUUUCUUGGAGACAAUGUUUUUUCACAAAGAAAUCUGUGAAUCUGCGGAGGAUAUUGUUCUGGACUUGAUAGAUUACAGCCAUCGGAAGCUAACCCUCCUAGCAGCUCAAAGUGCCAGUGGAAAGAUUCCAAAUAAGCUUCUUGCAGAGGAUCUUCAAAAUGCUUCAUCAAUGCAGGAGUUAAAGAAGCAAGCAGAGAUGAUGGAGUUUGAUAUCUCAUUGAGAGCCUUGUCUGUGCUCCGUUUCAUCACAGAUCAGAUAGAGAGGUACAUUGAUUUGCCAGUGAGUGCGGUGACAAGAAUGCUGAACACCCACAACUUUCCAUGUCUCUUGGUGCAAUUGGUAGAACAUUGUCCAUGGAGCUGCUAUGAAGAAGGGAAGCUGAAGAAGUUUGAGAAUGGGGCAUGGUAUGUGGUGCCCCAUGAAGACCAUAAAAAGAUAACUAAGUUGGAUGGACAAGUGUGGAUUGCCCUCUAUAAUCUCCUCCUUGGCACAGAAUGCCAGCGCAAGUACAACUUUGACAAUUUCAAUAAAAACCAGCUGCUGAAGCUCCGUGCUUUCCUGACUGAUACUGUUAUUGACCAGUUCCCCAAUCUUUUGGAGAUGCAAAGAUUUUUGAGCCAUCUAGCAGUGACAGACCCUGUUCCACCCAAGAAAGAUCUCAUACUAGAGCAGAUUCCUGUAAUCUGGGAUCAUGUUAUCAGAGAGAACAAUGGAAAAUGGCAGGCAAUUGCCAAGCAUCAAGUAAACAAUAUGUUUAGCCCUUCAGAAGAGGAGCUGAGAAGCCAGGCUUGCAAAUGGGCACAGACAUACAACCUGGAUGUGAUAGAAUCCCUCAUCCCAGACAAACCCAAGUGUGCAGUGUGUGGCUCUGCUGCAGCAAAGCGUUGCUCCCGCUGCCGGAAUGAAUGGUACUGUAGACGACAGUGUCAGGUGCAGCACUGGCAGAAGCACAAGAAAGCUUGCAAUUUGAUGGCAGAUGCCCUGAAGAAAAUAGAUGAUGAUGUAAAAAUGCAGACAAAGCCUCCUGAGUAAUUUCCUUGGGCCACUGAAUUUUCUCUGGUUCUUAUUUUGAACAAAUAGGAAAGAUUCAGAGUUGGAUCUCAAAGACACCUCUACUGCCUUACUUCUGAAUUGUGGAGGGUUAUGGACUGCUCCAAAUUUCACACUAGGGACUGAAAAUGCCAACAUGCUUUAUUUUCAGUUACACCAGUAACAAGUACUACCUAAUGCUGAAGAAACUCCCAGCAGAUAGUCUUAUUAAAUCUAUGAGCCAUCUUGUGUACUGCUUUAGAUUCAGUAGCUCUUCCAGUUCCCUGGAACUGAGGGCCUAACUAGACAUGAUGACAUUCUUGUGGUGGUCAUGAGGACACCAUCACUUUCUUAAAGUAAUUUUAAAAUGCCUUGAGGGCCCUAUACUGAUCAGGCCCAUAAUGCAGCUGACUGAAGUACCAAAAUACACCCCCAGCAGCUGUUUCAGCACUUAAGCAUGGGGGAAGGAGGGAUGACAAGAACACCUCAGACUGCUGCCUUUGAGGCAUUUUUAAUUACUUUAAAAUGCUUAGUUUGACCCUGAGAUUAACGGUAGGCUCUACACUAAUAAAGUAACAGCAGAGGUGAGGAAAUUGACUUGCAGGUCUUUUCUUCUUAUGAACAAUGGCUGUGACUGCUGCCCAGAGUACAACACAGAAGGAUUAUCCUGAGCCUGAGUUUUAUAAACAGCCUUUCUGGAGAAUUGUCACUAGAAAUCAAAAGACUCAAAUCUCCAAUUCUGGGACAUACUUUGCAUACUAGUUUAUGCUGUUGGACAGUCUGUAUUAAAUUUCAGUAGGUUCAGACUAAAUAUACUUUUCAGCAUUGUAGAGUGUCUAGAAAAUUAAUCAACCUCUCCAUUCCUGUUCUUUGCAGAAUUCCUAUAAUAUCUGAGGAAAUAGGGUGUCAUUUUGGAAUGACAGGUAUAUCCUUGAGGCUGGGCUUUAAGUCCAGAGCAACUUAUGCCCAAUUCCUAUCCCAGUAAGUUUGCCAUUACUGCAACUAAGAACCAAACUAUCCAUUACGUGCACAAAUUAAUAUGUGGAACUGUAACUUGGUCUUUUUUUCUUAAAAUGGAAAAACCUCUUCCAGAGUCAAUAACCUGAAGCAGAGAAGUCAGGUGAAGAGGAAGCAUUUAACCCUUUCUCUCUUCCAAAUCACUCUCUCAGAUGCAUGCUUGCAAAAACAAUUGCAUGUAUUGGUAUGUAUCAUGUAUUUAGACUCUGAUUUAUGCACUAACAUCAACAGAACUUAAGAGCCCAGAGGCUCUGUUACAAACCAUCACAUCUAGUGACUGAAUUGGGCUGUAUUAUUUCAAAAGCGUUGAGUGUUAUGCAGAGGGAAGAGAAGGGGAAAGGAUGUGGUUAAUUAAAGAAUUUCAGUUUACUGAGCUGUAUGGUUUAACAGUAGAAAAUAUAACACAUGACACUUCCAUUGCUCGAGAAAGUUGACUGUGUUGUUUUCUUCUUGAUGUUAAUUAAACUAAAACAAUAAAGUUUCAAGUGGUAUGGUGCUUCUUGUAAGUGAUAACGACAAGAGUUAAUUAAACUAAUGCUAGA